AUGCCGGCGAGGGUGGGUGGCUCGUCGUCGUCUUCCUCCGGAUCCUCGAGUGAAGACGAUGCGCGGGGCCCUGUGCGUGGCCAACUCGCUCACAGAGACAAAGGAAAGGGUCGUGAUGUUUCCGUUGGGAAGCGGAAGCGCGCAGAUACGGCAAAUGGAGUCCACCCCACCCGCCGAAGAGCGACCCGCUCCGUCGAGAGAGGCGAGGACUACGACUCGGAUGUCUACGACCCUGACCAGCCGAUGGAAGAGCGCCGAGAAAUCCAGCGCAAGCUGCGAGACCUUCAGAAAGGCAUCGCGGAGAAUAUGGAGGAGUACAUGCUGCCGGGCUCGACGGGACUUAAAGACACAUUGAUGAUGGCCCAGCAAGUUGCCAGAGGUGUCAAGCAGACCACAGAAGCAACCAUCGAUUCCCGUCUGCUUGUCAGCGCCGUCGACCUGUCAUACCGAAAGACUGUUCGCUUGAUGCAAGGAAGCUCGACUGAGGGCGUGGACGUGGACGAGUUCGUUUCCAAGUGCUGCACUUACAUGCGGCAAGCCGGGGGGAUCGCCGAUGAUGCAGCGCCGGAGCUCUCAAGCACCCAAAGACGGCGACGCCGCACCCAAGGCGGUUCGCACGACGAUGAGGACGAGGGAAGCGACGAAGCAUUCAACUGGGCCCAUCUCGGACGUUUCGCCUCGCUGCCCAACAACCGCCGCCCUGCCCUGCCUGGUUUCCUCCUCGGCCCUCUGUCAGUUGAGAAGAAGGUUCGGAAGAUUGCAAAGCGAAGCGCACCGUUCAGGCCAAACAAUCUCGCCGAGACGAGACCCGAGGUGCUGAACGUUGAGGACUUGGCGAAAAAGGAGAACGAUCUUACCGCCAUCUGCGGCAAGAUUCUGAAGCAGCUGCAGAGCGUCCAAGGCGAUAUCCAGACGAAGCUCUAUGAAAUUUUCGAGAAAAACGACAUGAGCGAAGAAGAACAGACUGCGCUCAUGCAGCAGCACGGCCUUCGCGAUACUGGAGGCGUUGAUCUGCUUCGCUUCGUCGUCAAUCCCAAAUCCUUCGGCCAGACUGUUGAGAACAUGUUCUACGUCAGUUUCCUCAUCCGCGACGGAAAGGUCAAGAUUGAAUUCGACAGUGACGAGUAUCCGUCUCUCAGUCCCUUUCAAGCCGACGACGUAGAUGAAGAUGGCACAGCCGGGCGUGCAGCAGUAAAGCGCGAAACGGCAAAGCAGCAGGCCAUCUUCUCCAUGGAUAUGCAAACUUGGCAAGACAUCAUCGAUACCUUUGACAUUCAGGAGCCCAUGAUCACACAUCGCAAAGAAGGGGGGUCAACACAAACCCCUGGUGCCAGAGGAUGGUACAGCUAG